UCCCUCUCUCUCUUUCUCGCCCUGCAUAUCGAAGGAGCUCAAUCCAAUGUCGGAGAAAAGCAAAAUUCGCUCAGCACGGAUGGGUAAUCCUUCUCUCCUUUUCACUUUGUAGGUAAUAGGUAAAACCAAAUUGUAGUUUCUUUUUUAGUUUGAUUCUGGGUUUCUUUUAGAUCUGAGAAUGAACAUAAAGUAGGUUGGAAUUCAGCCGCAGAAAUUGCUGUCUAAUCCUGAAAGAAUCGGACAUGGACCAAGCCACUGAGUCGAAGAUUCGGAAUCAGCAGACGACGAGGAGUCCAAAGUAGUAGACGACGAGGAGCGUGGGUUCGAUGAAAAUGGCGAUCUCGUGAUUUGUAGGCUUUCACAUAAGAGGAAGGUGACAGUUCAGGAGUUCAAGGGGAAACCAUUGGUGUCGUUGAGGGAGUUUUUUACUAAAGAAGGCGUACUUCUAAAGGUGGAGUAUUAUUUCAGUGAUCUGAACUUAGCUACAACUGAUCAUCUUAUGAGGUUCAUAAACAAAGACCCUGAAGGAUUUGUGCCAAUAUCUGUUGUUGCAUCUAUCAAGAAGAUUAAGGCCCUCGUAAGUAGUCAUUCCCAGCUUGCAACUGUAUUGUGGAACUCCUCAAAGCUUGUAGUACAUGAAGAUGGGAAGAAUGUCAGACGCCAGCAUCCCUUGACUCAAUCAGAUAUGGAAGAGUUGCAACCUCACAUUGUUGUUGCUGAAAAUUUGCCUGAGGAUCAUUGCCACCAAAACCUCAUGAAGAUUUUCUCUGCUGCUGGGAGUGUGAAGACAAUUCGUACCUGCCAGCCGCAAACCUCAAAUAGUAAUUCUUCCUCAGCAUCCAGAUCAGCAAAAGCAGAUGGCAUGCAUUUCAGUAACAAUGGAAUACUGAAAAUGGAAUACUGUUUUUGGUGGUACUAUACUAAUAUAGUUCCUACAAUGAAUACUGUUUUUGUCAAGCUAAAAUCUUGUAUGUCUUUUGCAAAUGCUUUAAGCCAUACUGUUACUUUUGUGUAAUUGCAUUUACUUAAUCCGGACAGAUUGCCCACCUCAAAUUUAUAUUCCAGUUUUCUGCACCAUAGAGUUAAAGACCACGAGUUUUACUGAGAGGUAUGUUUGAUUUAUACUUUUGAUUUGCUUUAUGGUGAUGAUGAAGGUUAUACAUGUCGGUUUCGUGGUCGUAGUGGAGGACUAGACCUCACAUUAAUAGUUUUUUUACUUUAUUCUCUAGCCAAGUCCAAACUAAACCAUAUGAUUUGUGCAGAACAAGAACUUUGAAUUGAUAAAAAAAAAAAAAAAAAAUCUAUAUCAGUAUGUGUAGAUAUGCAUUUUAAUUGGCUUUUAGUCUUUCUGGAAUUGCUUCUGCAAACCUGAGAUAGUUGGGAGUAUAAGCCCAACUAUCUCAGGUUUGCAAUUGUCGAUCACUUCAUAUUAUGGAAUUGAUAUACGGUAAAUCAAGAAGCUGCAUAAACUAUCUGUCAGCCAGAACUUUGACCACUAUAUUUGAAAUUUAGUUUCCAAUGAAAUGAGAUCAGUUUGAAAGAACUUUAAUGAAGUUACCAAUAGAGUUAGUUAAUUUCAACUAUCUAGAAUUUGUGCUACAAGUAUUUUUCACUUUUGACCUUGAUUAUGAUGACUUCCUUAUGUGUUAGUUACUUGUAGAGUUGCUGGAAAGUUACUGGACUUUACUAUGUUUUGGUAUGCUAAUGACUAAUUCUGCAGGGGUGGUUAUUUUCACAUGAUCCAUUCUGGAGGCCUGCACAAAUGAAGGUUAUAUUUACAAUUUUUGUUUUGGGUAUAUUGUUCCCUUUUAUUUAUCUGUUGUCAUUAACAAUGGAGCAUACUUCUUUCCAGACACUUUUACAUUAUGUUCCUGCAGGGAGGGUGGUAGUCCUUGAUCUGUUUGCUGAAAUGAAACUGAUAUGUGAAUUGAACUUGUAGAGUUAGAGUUUGAUUGAUUGAUGUACUGAGUAUUGCUACUUGUACAUUUUUAAUUGUCAUUUUGUAAAUGAAAUUACUUAUAAUGAUAAUCUGAUUGAAAUGUUUCUCUUACAUCUAAUUUGUCAUAUGGAUAUGGUGAUACUGAUACAAAUGUGAAAUUGGUAGAAAUAUAAUUUUUUUUUAUUAAAAAAAACCUUGUUUACGGCGUGCAAGUUGCGCCUUAAAUGGGAACUCAAUCACACUUUUACGGCACACAUUAUACGCCUUCAAUGGGAACGCAAUCAAGUCUUUUACGGCGUGCAACAUGUGCCGUAAAUAACAUGAGUGACAUUUCCGAUAUCACUUUCACGGCAUUCUUGGAUGCACUUUAACGGCGCAUUUUAGUGUGCCGUAAAUGAGGUACGUCUUUUACGGCUCCGGCAUUUACAGCCUGCCAUUGUGCGCCGUAAAUAUCCUUUUACGGCACACAUUGUGGGCCGUAAAAGACC